CCGGAAACAAAAAGUCGAGAUUAGAAAAAAAGGAGCACAGGAACAAGAUUCGAUCGGAACAGGAAUCGUGCAGCAACAAAAGUUAAAUAUCUGACCGACCCAAGUUAUAGUCGAUGACGAUGUUACUGUACCUCGUGUGUGGUGCGUCUACGAACAACCCGAUACAGUAUAGGCAUGUACCCAUGAGUGGAUGAGCCACACUCCCACCUGAAUUGUUCUGUCAUUGACUCAAAAUAGAUAUAAAACAAAGUUGUAUAUUGCCACCUGCGCUUCCACGCACCUUGGAAACCCAUACCCACAAUCCUUUGAGCCAUCUUGUACAACGCAGGAAGUUGGUCCUCAAACUACAUGUCGGCUAUCACGACUACUCCAGAAAUGCACCAAACAAUGAAUAGCCAAAUACACAAAGCAAGCGACGCUUUGCACGAAAUACCAACCAUUGACAUCAGCGGGUUCCGCACCUCUCCGGAAACUGCACAGGAGCGAAUAGACACGCAAAAUGUCGUCGACAGGGUCCGCAGCGCCUGUCUCACCACCGGAUUCUUCUGCUUGACAGGUCACGGCAUCCCGCGGGAGCUCCAGGAGAGGGUGCUGGACGGGGCUGAGAAGUUUUUCAGCAUGCCCCUGGAGGAGAAGCUGAAGCUGGUGCACCCGACCCAGAAGAACCGAGGCUACGAGGUGCUUGGCGGACAGACUCUGCAGAGGGGGGCUAAGCCUGAUUUGAAAGAGGGCUUCUACAUAGGCAAGCACCUCGAGAGGCAUGAUCCGCGCGUGCGCCGACAUCCACGCCUCAUGGGACCCAACAUCUUCCCGAGUGGCGGGCUAGAGGAUGAUGAAUUCAAGAACCCUUUGGAGACUUACUACGAGGCGGUUCUGGCCCUAUCCCUGACGGUGUUCAAAAUCCUGGCCAAAGGUCUGCCGUACGGCGACGACGUAUUCGACCGCUUCGUGUCUGAUGACCCAGUCUGUAUCCUGAGGUUAUUACACUACCCGCCACAGACGUCCAAAGACCCAAGGCAGCUAGGUGCAGGGGCUCACACCGACUUUGGUGCCGUAACCCUGCUCUACCAAACCGCGCCCGGACUGCAAGUCAAGAGCCCCAGCGGCAGCGGCAGCACGGACAGGUGGAUCCCGGUGCCGCCGAACCGCGACGCCUACGUGGUCAACAUCGGCGACAUGCUGCACGCGUGGACCGAGGGUCUAUACAAGAGCUCGAUGCACCGUGUGCUCAACUUUGGCGGGUCGCACCGCUAUUCGAUCCCAUUCUUCUUUGACGGCAAUGCCGACUGCCCGCUGACGCCUUUCGGGAAGCCCGAUGACGUCGGCGCCGAGACGGCCAGCGAACACCUGCUGAGGAGGCUGGACGAAACUUAUGCCAUGGCUGCCAAGAUCUGAGACUGAACUGACAUCAAAGAGUUGUUUUGAGUAUGAGAGUGCAGGGGCUUAGGAAAUGGUGUGUGAGAGUUGUUCGUUCCAAGGUCAAAGGAAUCUUGGUUGGCCAUGGUCUGGUUGUUGACGAUUAAAAAAUGGGGGAAGACUUUCUGAGCGGUUUGAUAUAAUAUGAUUCGAACGAGACAUACUAUCCUGUAUUAGAAAUUUUGCUACAAAUACUCCUGUCACAGCUAUUAGGUUGUGAUACAGGUAUGUACGACUUGAUAUAGCCACUUGCAAGCCGCCUGAACUACAAGGCAACACUUGUUCUGCAUCAUGUUGUCCGAGUCUAUCAAGGCAAAUGUUCCUCAUUCAUAACCAUAGCCCCGAGCCCCAAGCAUGAAAACAUCAGCAGCUUGGAGCAGGCCCCAAACACCUGCGCAUAGCCCGCGUCUCCCUCGGUCAGCAUGAGCGAGACGACGACGAACAGGUUGAGCGGGAUGCGGAGGACCGAGUAGACCUGGGCCCUGGCGCCGUCGCUGAUGAGUUUCCCCUUGAGCAGGCCCAUGCAGGGCCAGUACAUUCCGACGCAGGCCUCGAAGGCGCAAAAGAUCCAAAAGGUCGACUGCUCCGACCUCGGCGCGCCCGAGAGCGACACGAAGCAGACGUCGGCAGCGCCGAGGAUCAUAAUCAUGAGCGUUAUGUAACGCAGCAGGCCGCGUUCCAUAAAGACGUUGAAGAAGAGCGAGGCAGCCAGGCCAGAGGCCAUGAAGGAAGCAAAGAUGAUGCCGUACGGCAGGCCGGCAUCGUUAGUCUUGGCCGCGUUAAGGGCGGGCGACCAGAAGAAGACGAACAGGUACAUGGAACCUUCGAACAUGGUUGAGGCGAGGCCCAAGGCUAUGAUCUUGGGGUCGGUUAGGAUGUGCGAGAGCUUGUUGGUGUGGUCGACAAUGACCUCGGCCUUGUCGUCCUUUUUCUUUUCUUGUUUGGCAGAUUCUCCAUAGUUUUCAGCCUUUUUGAGGAUAUACAAUAUGCGGCGACUCCCAGUAGCAGCAUGCUCGUCACGAACGGCGCCCUGCGAGUCCCAGUCACGGCCACGAUCCACUCGCUGAAGACGCCACUGACAAUCGCAGUGACGCUGUUGAGCGUGCUCAUGAGCCCAAAUGUCCGCGAAAGGUCGCCUCCCUUGUCGGCGAGCUUUCGGUUCUGAAAGUCGGUCACCAUCCAGCUGUCAAAGACGCUGAAGAGCAUGCUCGUGCUGAUGCCGCCGAGAACACGACCUGCGAAGAGCAGUGGGAUGGAUGGGAUAGUGGUGAGAAGACAUGAGGCGGCGUAGGCAGCGCAGAAUAGCAGACAGGCGGCCUUGCGCCCGUGCUUGUCGGCCAGGGUCCCGACAAAGUAGCCGCUGACGGCACCUGAGAGGAACCCCGUGGUGAAGAGCGUCGACACAAUCGAGGCCGAUAUGCCAUGCUCUUCCCUGUAGAGGGAGUAGAGAAAAGGACCCUAGUUGCCAGUCAGAUCCCAUCACCAGACAGAAAACCACCAGAAACGGCCAUUGCGACGCGUCUGUUUUGUCGGCACUCUUUUUUGUCUGUUUGUCGCCCGCUUUACUCCCUUUCGUCUCUGAAGUCGCCUCCUUUGCCUUGGGCUGGGCGAGGAAAAGUGCGCCGCAGAGCCCGAUUAAGGCAGCAAAGUUUAUUUGAUAUGCGUCCAUGCUGCACUAUGCUAGCAGCAGGCGUUUUGGUAAUGCAAUGUUCCUUGUAUACCUCGGGUAGGCAAGGUAGGUAUCCAAUUGAAUCUCCGAGUCAAAUGCUACCAGCGCAGAUUUCUCGCCUCUCCAGAAAAGAAAAGAAAGAAAAAAAUGUUCAAAAAUAGAAAGAAACCUCGGGCCGGCCAGAUGAUACCGAAGGAAAACGGAUAAAGCCUUGGAAAGUGAUUGUUCCCGCCCUCCAAUGAUGUGUCCUUG